AUGUUAUGCAAUGAAGGAUAUCGGCAAGCUCUUAAAGCACGAAAAGAACGUGAUAAAACACGACGCAGAGAAUAUACCGGUGAUCUUGUUCAAUCUCUUCUCUAUACAUUUGUUCCAGCUCAUGCUUUAACAUCAAAUAAUGAUAUUCAUACACAACUACUUACAUGUAAUCUGUCACAUACAUUUGAUUAUCAAUUUCGACCACGUUCUCUACUUGAUCUAACUAAAGAAAAAGUUCAAAUAAAUUUUGAUCUUAUUAAUGAAAAACGAAAUGUAAAAUAUAAACGUAUACUUAAUGAAAUUCAAUUGAAUGAUUCCGAUUAUGAUUCUCAAUUGAGUGAUAUAGAUACAUUUAUCAAUAAGCAAGAUCCUAUUCAAGUGUAUCUUCAAGCAUGUAAACAAUAUCAAAUUCAUCCGUUUGAUAUUGUUAUUAAAGGAUUAAAUACUAAUACACUUGAUCUAUCUGAAAUGUCAAUAAAUGAUACUGAUUUAAAAAUUAUUUGUCUUGCAUUACGAAUUCAUAGAAAUAUAAAAUCGAUUCGAUUAAGAUCUAAUAAUAUUACAUCACAAGGUUGUGUUUAUCUUCAAGAAACAUUAAAAGAUAGUUAUACAAUUGAAGAACUUGAUAUUUCAAAAAAUCCAAUUAAAACAGAUGGAUUAGAAAUAUUAUCACUAUUAUUUAUGAAUGAUGAAAUGAAAAUGUCGAUUAUAAAAAAAUUAAAUUUAUCAUCAUGUGAACUUAUUGAUUCAGAUGGACCCAUUCUUAAAAAAAUAAUUAAAGGAGGUGAUAUGCUUCAAGAAUUAUAUCUAAGUGGAAAUCAACUCAGUACAAUAACAUGUAAAAAUAUUGGAUUAGUAUUAAAAGAUGCACCGGAAUUAAAAAUUCUUGAUUUAAGUUGGAAUAUGAUUCGUCAUAAUGAUAUACGUCCAAUAUGUAAUAGUUUAAAAGAUAAUCAAUCACUUGAAAGACUUGAUUUAAUGAUGAAUGGAUUGGAGAAUCAAGGUGCAAUAUUAAUUGGAAAUAUGUUAGCAAAUAAUGACAUAUUAAUCGAACUUAAUCUAUCAAAUAAUCGUAUUGAAAAAGAUGGAGCUGAUAUAUUUGCUUCGAAACUUGAAAUGAAUCGUAAAUUAAAAAAACUUUGGUUUGGUAAUAAUAAUAUUGGUACAUUUGGUUCUCUUGUUCUUUUAAAAGCAGUUGAUCAUAUUAAAAGUCAAAUUGAAUAUCUUAAUAUUGAAAAUGUGCUUAUUAAUGAUGAUUUUCUUGAUUUAUAUACACAAAUUAAUCAAUAUUUAAGACCACUUGAAGUUAUACAUGGUGGAAUUCGAGGAAAAUUAGGACGAUCACAUCCAACAUUACAUGGUUUUACUAUUAUGGAUGAUAUUGAUUUACGAUAUCUUGACAUAAAAUCAUUACAUGCACUAUUUCAACGAGAUCCUUUUAAAAUUCUUAGUCGAAUGGCGAAAGAAGGUGGAUAUGAUUUUCCUAGUGCACUUAAAAAAUGGGACAUGGAAGAACAUGGACAGUUAACUUAUUCGAUUUAUGUUAUUGAUUUUCCAAGUGCAGUUAAAGAUGCUGGUAUUAAUCUUGAUAAAACUCUUCAUUUUAUUCUAUGGAAUUAUCUCAAGAAAAUCGAAAAAAAAGGUUCUGUUAGUUAUCUUGAAUUUAUCACUCCGUUAUCAAAACUAAAUCCCAAACCGAUAUCAACUCGUAUCAAGAAGAAAUCUUCAUAG